AUGACUUCUACAAUCAAACAAGAAGGCUCUGCUGAGACCAAGGUCACUGAGGUCACUGCCCCGACCCUGACCCUGACUCCAACCUUCCACCCAUUCCCUAACCUGCCCGCAGAGCUUCGUCUGAGAAUCUGGAAAGCCGCAUGCCUACCGCGAACCCAGAACGAUCGCGCCAUUCAGUACGUUACCGCUGAUGUGGUGCAAGAGAAUUGGGACGACGAUGAUUUAGUCAUCUUUGACGAAGAUGUCGAGUACUUUUUUGAAAGCGACGAUGAGGAGGAUCACGAAACCGGAUACGUCACGCUAAGAGGGUUGAGCGGGAAAAAGCUGCACAACUUCCCACCCACCAACUCUGCCCACCUCUGGGACCAAGGUCUUUGGAUGGCCUGCACUGAGUCGAGGAGAGCUAUCGCCAAGCAUCUAGAAACUCACAAAUGGCUCCCAAUCACCGGUCAGAGGGACGAAGAAUACCUAUCUUCAGUUCCAUGGUUUCACACAUAUUUCCCAUCAAUCCUUGUCCCACACAGGAGGGCUAAGCACUGGCGCCCAAUAGUGGUCCCUCGUAGGGACAUCUUCUGCAUUUCGGCCGCUAACCUUCGGUAUCUACCCAAAAGCCUGUACGGUAUGAAGCUACUAGCACCACUCUUUGGUCAGCGGAAAUCCACUAUCAUCGACGACUGGAACAUCGCUCUCAAAUUUGACAGCAGCUGGAACGACAACCUUCCAGUAGAUCUCUACGACCUGAAACAGGAGAAGACUCCACGAGGCUUAUUGGCAAACUGGAUGGACAUGUUGGCCGACGAAUUCGAAUUCCAACCCACUCUUUGGAUCAUCGAUGAUACCGCUGGCUGGGUUGCACAUCCUGACCCAGAGCCCAAAACAGUUUUCCGUGAUUGUGAUACCGAGUACGUCCUUAGUUACUGGACCUCUCUUCGCGACUACACAGGCAACGGCGAGCUGGGUGAUUUGCACGAGUUCAUUUCUUAUUUUGCGGAGAUAUUAGAGGACGGCGGCAAUCCCGACCAUAUCGGUGUUCUGCAGUGGCUCGACUAUUGA